AUGCCAGAAAGACUGGAUCAAGUUUUUCCCCGGUCGUUGUUCAACAAAUUUGAAUUCAUCUCCAACGGCGCUACGGGAUGGGUUUUCGAAGUGGCGCCUGGUAUCGCCCUCAAAUUUCUCUGCCCAGGCCGUGAGGAAGAGUUCCGCCGCGAGAACGAAACCUACGCGCUGAUCGAGCGGAGCGACCCUCCCCCGCCGCCGCACUUCAUCCAGAGCUUUCUCCGGCUCCCCUACGCACACUUUAUGCAAUUAAUGCCCGACAGCCUCGACUCUCGCCUGCGAGCCAACCGACGCCAAGACCCCAAGACUCUUGAGUGCUUCGAAGUCUUACGCCUAGAGCCGACGGCCAAGAUUGAGCAGUGGGCUGCGGAGCUGUCCAGCGCGCUCGCCUGGCUGGAGUCCAUUGAGCUGGUCCAGGGGGACCUGCGCCCGUCAAACCUCCUCCUCGACAGCGAGGAUCAUAUGAAGCUGGUGGACUUCGACAGCUGCGCCAAGAUUGGAGACUUGGAUCCCGGACUUCCUCCGCCAUGGUCCUCUCCUAAUCACCAUCUUUAUGGGGCCGAGACCGAGCAGUUUGGGUUCGGCUCGAUCCUCUACAACAUGACGCACGGCCUCGAGCCGUACGAGGACAAAGGCCCAGAGACUGUGGAGCUCUUCCGUACUGGGGUGUUUCCGGAACUGAUGUCUGACUCCCAGCUGGAUGUGUUGACAUUGCGCUGUUGGAGGAGUGAAUUUGCGACCUUGGCCGAUCUGGCUGAGUAUUGCGCGACGCUUAAUGGUGCAAAGUUGGCCGCAACAACUAACGCGAUUAAUACUGAGUAUAUUGCAAGAAUGAAGACAACGUGUGAAGAACUACUACGUACUAAAUUAGCAGAUUUAGAUAAAGAAUUACCUUAG